AUGAUAGCCAUAUUUUUAGUUUUUGCGAAGCAUGGGGAAGGAAAUAAAAACUGCGCUCUACAAUGUGAACCACAGAAUAUACAGCUAAGUAGCGUGAACCAGGACCUGGAGUUGACAUGGGACAGCCCGCCCUCCUGUUUGUCCCAGAAAAACUUGAUGUUUGAGUUGGAGGUGCUCCUGGAGAGCAGACACGUGCACCAUGGAGCGGUGCGAGCGGCUGACCACGCGGGCUCCGGUCACUCGUGGAGAUGGACGUCCUCCGUGCCACUAGAGUGCGCUACACAUUCGAUCCAGAUCAGGUCCAAAUGUGGAGAGCUGAGCAGUGACUGGAUAACGGAGACUCUGCCAGGUCUGGAGCCCACAGCGGAGAUCCAGGUGUUUCCCCAGGACAGCGUGUUCGAGGUGGGCAGCCGAGUGACCUUCUGCUGCAUCGUCCCCACGACAAAACCCUUCAAAGAAAUGACCGUGAGGAACUACGUAGACGGCCCCCGCCCCGUCUCCACGCUCCGCCCCCACACCUACGCCCUGACCCUGGACCUGCGGUGGCCUACACCAAUCUCUGACGCUGAGGUCGUAUGCAGGGCCGAGGGAGUAGAUGAGAACGGCGCCCUCGCAGUGAUUGGCUACCGACCCACGGACAGGGACCUCAAAUGUGAAACUCGAGACUUCUCAUCGGCGGAGUGCUUUUGGACAGUGGGUCAUCAGAUCUUCUACAAGCCGACUGACUACUGGCUGCUUGAACAGUCGUGCAGCCGUCAGACCAGUGGAAAAUGUUCUCAGAAGGUUCGAGUCGACCAGGGAGAGAAGAACUGGACGCUAGUAGCACAAAAUGUCCUGGGCACCAUCCGACUUGUGGAUGAAGCAGAUCUGACAAAGAGAGUGCGCAUGUAUGCACCCCAGCGUCUGAACAUUUCUUCUGUAAAUGCAAAGAAUGUGACUUUGAGGUGGUUUUGGAGCGUUCAGCAGUAUCAGCGCCUCCCUCUCACUUGUCAAAUCCAUGUCACCAAAGAAACAGUCGCGAUCCAAGUGGAAAAGAGCGGCUUCGGUCUCACGUCGGUGGUAAUAACCAGCCUUUCGCCAAAUCGACCGUACUCUGUUAAGGUACGAUGUGCGUCAGAGUCCAAUUUUUGGAAAUGGGGCGAUUGGAGCCAAACAGCUUCUUUUCACACCGAGGGGGACAUCCCUGACGCCCUGGACGUGUGGACGCACAGAGAGGGAAACAUAACUCAUAUCAAGUGGAAACUGCUGGAGGACGACCAAAGCCAUAGAAAAAUCACUCACUAUGAAGUGGAAUGGGUGGAUUCAGAGAUGACAGAACCAAAGAAGACACUGUGUAUUGUUCAUCCCAAAACUAGCGUCGCACUAAACCUAAGUCCAUUUCAAAAGUAUGUUAUAUUUGUGACGGCCGUGAAUGCCUAUGGAAGCUCUCUCCCGGCUCAGAUGAUUGCACCUCCUCAAUCUCCAGAAUCCCCACAAUGGGACAGUUGGAGGAUUCAAGGCGUCGCUGGAGGCUUCAACUUGUCUUGGACGGACGCAUUGAACGAAACAUGUGGCUACAUUUUGGAUUGGUGUCCCGUGUCCGGAGACUGCAGUGUGGAUUGGCUCAAACUACCUCCCAAUACAACUAGUGCUGUCAUCCACUCAAAGGACUUUCAAGACGGCGUAAGAUACAGGCUGUCCAUGUACCUCUGCACCACGGACGCUCCCAUGCUGCUGGCCGUCAGAGAAGGAUACACAAGAGAACAAAAGAUCGCGGACGGCUUGUUCAAAAACUUGAGGUGGGAACAGCGAGUAUCGGACGUGACCAUAUCCUGGGACCGAGUGAGUUUGGAAGAACAGAGCGCGUUCAUAAAAGGCUACGUCAUGAACUGCUCUAAUGAACACAAAAGCGUCCAGGUCCACACAGAGAAUGCCCAAGUUUCCAAUCUGACCGUGAGAAACCUCGACAUUGAUUCCUACACAUUUUCGGUGCUGGCCCUGACCUCGAUGGGAGAAUGUGGUUUGACAAAAAUACACGUCACUUUGAAUCCCCAAAGUGAUAACUUGAUCAGUGCCUUCCUGAUCUCUCUCUUUGCAGUCUGUUCUUCACUCAUUGUCUUCGCCGUGGUUUGCUACAGACAACGGGCUUGCAUCACACGGAAUGUAUACCCACCCAUUCCUGAGCCAGUGUUGAAGGGAAUAAACGUACCCUUUCCAGGCGUCUCCCUCUGUCCCGUCGAGGAGCCCAUCGUGCAGGCCCCUGUGCUCUACUGUCCGGUCGCAGGAUCACAGGAGGACGUGGACAAGUUUAGUCCUCACCCCUCAGACCCCCAGCUGCUGCAGACCCUCCAUGGCCACAAUGAGACCCCCAUCCCCGUCGGCUCCUGGUCUCCCGUGUCUCCCAACCCCUCAUACGCGUUAGUCCAGCUCGGGAACAACCGCACCUCGGACGAUGCAUUAUGGGAUUCUGAAGACGGACCCUGGCUCUCGAACUUUCCUCGCCCUCAGUUAUCAGACUUUAUUGACAAAGGUCAGAACUCAGACACUAUCUCAUGUGUCUCCAACUAUAUUAUUCUACCGCAUUAA